GAAGCACCAUGGCCCACGUUGUCCUUAUUCCUGGUCUGUCUUGCGGUCCUGUGGGAGCCGUCUGCACUCAGGCAGCUUUGUGGAAAUUGACAGCCAGCACUUUGCGUCACCUUUCCCUAACCAGCAUAAUGAAAUCCAAAAGGAAAACGGAUCACUUGGAGAGAACUGCAAGUGCCCUCCGACGGGAGGUCGUGGCUGCAGCUAAGGUGUGUGAAAUCGCCCACGAGUCUCCGUCAGUGAAGAGCCUUCGCUUGCUUGUUGCUGAUAAAGACUUUUCCUUUAAGGCUGGCCAGUGGGUUGAUUUCUUCAUCCCAGGAGUCUCAGUGGUCGGUGGCUUUUCAAUUUGCUCCAGUCCCCAGCUGCUAGAGCGAGAGAGAAUAAUAGAACUGGCAGUGAAAUAUACAAACCACCCUCCCGCUAUCUGGGUUCACAAUAAGUGCACACUUGACUCUGAAGUGGCUGUCAGAGUGGGUGGAGAGUUCUUCUUUGACCCGCAGCCCACAGAUGCCCCUCGAAACCUCGUGUUGAUUGCUGGAGGGGUUGGGAUCAACCCGCUGCUUUCCAUCCUGCGCCACUCAGCAGAUCUCCACCGGGACCAAGCAGACAAAGGAAGUAGCUGUGAGAUAGGGACAAUAAAACUGCUCUACAGUGCAAAGGACACCAGUGAACUCCUGUUUAAGAAAGACAUUCUCGACUUAGUGCAUGAAUUUCCUGAGAAGAUUGCUUGCAGUUUACAUGUAACAAAACAGACAACAGAAAUCAGUGCAGAACUUAAGCCUUAUGUCACAGAAGGAAGAAUUACAGAAGAGGAGAUAAGAGAUCACGUUUCAGCAGAGACUCUGUUCUAUAUCUGCGGCCCACCUCCAAUGACGGACUUUUUCUCUAAACAACUGGAAAAGAGCCACGUUCCCAAGGACCGCAUUUGCUUUGAGAAGUGGUGGUAGGGAACAGGCACAGAAGACCUGAGCGCCACUCAGGAGAGUGAGACUCUUUAAGUAUUUAGGCCAAGACUGAAGGAAAAUCAGAGACAGAUUGGCAUGGCAAACUUUCUGCACACUUCCUUGUUCAAGCUAAUUUUUACUAUAUUGAUUUUUCUUUCAUUAAUACCGAUUCAAUUGUCUUAUGGUAUUCCAUUGUUAUAGAGUUUCUGGCACCUAGGAAAAGAUCAUACCCAAUCCAAUUAUAAUUAAAAGAUUUAU